UCAGCUUUAAACAUCUCAUCCAACUUCCAGAGAAGGAAAUCGUAAAAUAAAAUAAAAUAAAAAGUAGGCAACUGUCUUUUUAACUUUUAGUAAAAUGCAGAAUGAGCGCUGCAGCAGUUCCCACUCUCUCAUGGUGGUGGUUGAUCCAUCCAAAACUUAAACUAACAAGUGAGAAAAAGCGUGGGCGGUGAUGUGGACUCCAAUCAUUCACUUUUCUUUACAAAAACCCCAAGAGUUUUAGAGAAAGUAAGGACUUGUAAGAUUCCAAAGAGAGAGAGAUGGCAGAGAGCUCCGGUUACAAGGAUUAUGUGGCUGGCUUAUUGGCCGGUGUUGCUACCGUUAUUACUGGUCAUCCUUUUGAUACUGUCAAGGUGAAGCUGCAAAAACACAAUACUGAAACUCAUGGGAUUCAGUACAAGAAUGGAUUGCAUUGCACUGCAAGGAUACUGAGCACUGAAGGAGUUAAGGGACUGUACAGAGGAGCAACACCAUCUUUUGUUGGCAUGGCUUUUGAGAGUUCACUUCUUUUUGGCAUCUACUCCCAAACAAAACAACUUCUGCAGGGAGGAGUACAAAGCAAUGGGCCUCAAUCCCAAGUAAUAAUUCCUUCUGCUGCUUUUGGCGGAUCUAUUAUCAGUUUUGUUUUGUGUCCAUCUGAGUUAGUGAAGUGUAGGAUGCAAGUUCAAGGCACAGACUCUUUGGUUCCAAAUUCCAGUAGAUACACUAGUCCUCUUGAUUGUGCACUUAAAACUGUAAAAAGUGAAGGGGUUAUAGGCAUUUUUCGCGGGGGAUCUACAACACUGUUAAGAGAAGCUUUGGGAAAUGCUGUCUUUUUCAGUGUCUAUGAGAAUGUUCGUUAUUACAUGCAUUUACAACUUAAAGCUGUUUCAUCUAACCACAGCAACUUGAUUGACAUGGGAAUUGGGAUUGUGAGUGGUGGUCUUGGCGGUGUAGCUUUCUGGUCGGCUGUUUUGCCUUUGGAUGUGGCAAAAACUAUUAUCCAGACUGAUCUUGAGAAAAAUUCCACUAGAAAUCCUUUUCAGAUUUUAAACUCGAUUUACAGGAGAGCUGGAUUGAAGGGAUGCUAUGCAGGUUUAGGUCCUACAAUAGUGAGGGCCUUUCCUGCUAAUGCAGCUGCAAUUGUCGCCUGGGAGCUAUCCAUAAAAUUGCUGGGGAUCAGGCAUAACUAGGUAUUGUAUUCCAUCUACGUACAAGGUGCUUCUAACUUUUUGCUUCUGUUAUUAGCAUGGAGGCCUAUAUAUAUCAGAAGACUCUUGACAUAACUGAUUGGCGGUUUAUUGAUGUGGUAUCAGAGCUUGAUUUUUGUAAGAGUGCAUACUCUGAUCUGUUAAAGUGAUAAUUUAGCAUUAGAGUGGUUGGACAAACGAAUGGCAAUUGAGCUGUCUGUUUUUCCCCUUAUUGUCAGGGGCCAUUUUACUUGACCUAUUUUCACAAUACAGAAAGGAUUUUGGAAUUGUUUUGUAGAUGUCCCUGAAUCUUAUGCGCUGUCCAAGCUUGUUGAACUUGGUCACAGCAAUUUGUUAUGUGAUUUUCUACUUCAGUG